UCCAGGUUGAUUUUUCUGUCUUUGCGUUUGUUUCUCUCUUUCAUUUUAUAUCAAUAAAAAAAAAUUUCCUUUCGACCAUAGAAAGAAAAAGAAAAGCUUUUUUUUCCCCCCCUCAUUUUUGCCAUUUCCUAAGCUUCUUUAUCAAACACGAUCAGACAUGCAUUUGAGUCGCUCUCCAACAACGUAGGAGUCUUUUGUCGCCACUUUUUACGAUGAAAGCCGGCUUUAUUUUCGCUCUAUGUUUCAGACUCUCAUUUGGGACUAUAGUUUUAUAAAUAUGAUGAAAUCUUUAAACUUUAACAUAGAUAGAUAUUGAAUCCAACCAACACCCACAAAAGCUCCACCAAAACUGGAACUUGUUCAAUUCUCAAAGCACGGUAUGUCAAUCUUGUUCUCACACAACUACUCUUUAAUCAUGUACUCAGGUACUGAUUUUCACAUGAAACCAGUUUUACUACGUGGGUUUUCUGGUUCUUUACACCUGCUUUUGUUAUUUGUGUUGUUUAUCAAGUUGGUAUGCAAUAAAUUCAAAGUGGGUCAUAGUGAAGGUCCAAAGGAAAGGUUUAAGAACAUCAGGUGUUUGUACUAUAAACAGGCUCAAAUUUGUUGUUUGGGUGUUUCUGUGUUUAGUCUAGUGUUGUGCUUGUUGAAUUACUUUUAUUGGGAUAGAAAUGGUUGGUCUGAUGAAGGGCUAGUGACCCUUUUGGAUUUAGCGCUUAGAACACUGGCUUGGGGUACACUUUGUGUUUAUUUGCGUACCCAAUUGUUUAAUUUAGGUGAAUCAAAGUACCCUUUUUUAUUGAAAGUUUGGUGGGGUUUCUUCCUCAGCAUUUCUUGUUAUUGUCUUGUUAUAGAUAUUGUUCUUUAUAGAGAACAUGUUAGUUUACCAGUUCAAAAUUUAGUUUCCGAUGUCGUGUGUGUCAUUUUGGGUUUGGUUUUCUGUUAUGUGGGUUUUAGUGGGAAGAAGGGUGAAGAUACCCUUCUUGAAGAACCUCUUUUAAAUGGGGAUUCUAAUACCCGUAAUGAAGUUGAGUCAAAUAAGUCUAAGGGGAGUGAGAAUGUAACCCCUUAUUUGAAUGCUGGAUUUUUCAGCAUUCUUACUUUUUCUUGGAUGGGUCCUUUAAUUGCAAUUGGCAAUAAGAAGACGUUAGACCUUGAGGAUGUACCUCAACUUGGUCCUAGUGAUAGUGUAUUUGGGGCCUUUCCAACUUUUAAAAAUAAGCUUGAGGCAGAGUGUGGUACAAGUAAUGGAGUGACCACACUGAAGCUGGCAAAGUCAUUAAUCUACUCGGCAUGGAAAGAGAUUCUUUUAGCUGGCCUAAACGUGCUGACAUUCUCACUGGCUUCCUAUGUUGGACCAUAUCUUAUUGAAACUUUUGUUCAAUACCUCAAUGGGCGGAGACAGUACAAGAAUGAGGGCUAUGUUCUGGUUUCAGUGUUCUUUGCUGCAAAACUUGUGGAAUGCAUCUCGCAGAGGCACUGGUUCUUUAGGGUGGCACAGGUUGGAAUUAGGGUUCGAUCAGUAUUGAUUGCAUUGAUUUAUAAUAAAGGUCUAACCCUUUCAUGCCAGUCAAAGCAGGGCCACACUAGUGGAGAGAUCAUCAAUUUCAUGACUGUUGAUGCUGACAGAGUUGCUGAUUUCAGUUGGUAUAUACAUGAAACUUGGAUGAUUCUUGUUCAAGUUGUUAUUGCGAUGUUACUUUUGUAUAAAAAUCUUGGGCUUGCUUCAAUUGCGGCUUUGGUUGCAACCAUACUUGUUAUGUUGGCUAAUGUUCCUUUGGGAAGAUUACAAGAAAAGUUUCAGGACAAGUUAAUGGAAUCAAAGGACAAAAGGAUGAAGGCAACAUCUGAGAUUUUAAGGAACAUGAGGAUUCUCAAGCUUCAAGGAUGGGAAAUGAAGUUUCUAUCAAAAAUCAUGGAGCUCAGAGGGACAGAGGCGGGGUGGUUGAAGAAGUUUCUUUACACUUCGGCAUUUACCAAUUUUGUCUUCUGGGGUGCUCCUACAUUUGUGUCCGUGGUCACUUUUGGUUCUUGUGUGUUGAUGGGGAUUCCACUUGAGUCGGGGAAGAUCUUAUCUGCACUUGCAACGUUUAGGAUUCUUCAGGAGCCCAUCUAUAGUCUUCCUGAUACAAUCUCAAUGAUAGCUCAAACGAAAGUGUCCCUUGAUCGAAUUGUGUCCUUCCUUUGUCUUGAUGACUUGCAGUCUGAUGUGAUAGAGAGGCUUCCAAGAGGUAGUUCUGAUACAGCAAUAGAGAUUAUUGACGGGAAUUUUUGUUGGAAUUCAUCUUCGUCAAGUGCAACAUUAAAAGAUAUAAAUUUUAAAGUGCAACAAGGCAUGAGGGUUGCUGUUUGUGGGACUGUUGGCUCAGGCAAGUCAAGUUUGCUUUCCUGUAUCCUGGGAGAAGUACCUAAGAUAUCUGGGACUGUUAAGUUAUGUGGGACAAAGGCAUAUGUUGCUCAGUCACCUUGGAUACAGAGUGGCAAGAUUGAAGAGAACAUAUUGUUUGGUAUGGAGAUGGAAAGAGAAAAGUAUGAGAAGAUCCUUGAAGCGUGUUCCUUGAAGAAGGACUUAGAAAUUCUCCCAUUUGGUGAUCAAACAGUCAUCGGUGAGAGAGGAAUCAAUUUGAGCGGUGGGCAGAAGCAAAGGAUCCAAAUUGCGCGUGCUUUGUACCAAGAUGCUGAUAUCUAUUUGUGUGAUGAUCCGUUUAGUGCAGUGGAUGCUCAUACAGGAUCCCACCUGUUUAAGGAAUGUUUGCUGGGACUUUUGGAUUCAAAAACAAUUGUUUAUGUUACUCAUCAAGUGGAGUUCUUACCUGCUGCUGAUCUUAUCUUGGUGAUGAAAGAUGGUAGGAUUACUCAAUCUGGAAAGUACAAUGAUAUUCUCAAUUCAGGAACUGAUUUUAUGGAACUCGUGGGAGCACAUAAGGAAGCUUUUUCAGGACUUGAUUUCACCAUGGCUGGGUCGGUUUCUGGAAGUAUGAGCAAGGAAGCUGGAAAUCUGGACAGUACUAAUUGGGUUGUGGAAAAACAAGAAGAUAAAGAUGUUCAAAAUUGUAAAGAAGAUGAUGUAGUCAGUUCAAAAGGACAGAUUAUCCAAGAAGAAGAGAGGGAGAAAGGUGGAGUUGGGUUUUCAGUCUAUUGGAAAUUUAUUACUAUGGCAUAUGGAGGAAGUCUUGUGCCAAUUAUAUUGCUGGCACAAGUUCUCUUUCAGACCCUUCAAAUUGGUAGCAAUUAUUGGAUGGCUUGGGCAACUCCUGUCUCAGAGGAUGUGAAACCUUCAGUUGAUAGCUCUACCCUAAUGAUUGUUUAUGUUGCUUUGGCCAUUGGAAGUUCUUUUUGUGUCCUUGUGAGAUCCAUGCUUCUUAGAACAGCUGGAUACACUACUGCCAAUCAACUCUUCAGCAAGAUGCACUUCUGCAUUUUCCGUGCCCCCAUGUCAUUUUUUGAUUCCACUCCAAGUGGACGAAUCCUAAGCAGAGCUUCUACUGACCAAAGUGCAGUGGAUUUGUCUAUUCUAAAUCAAAUGGGGUCAGUUGCCUUCUCAAUUAUCCAGCUUCUUGGAAUUAUUGCUGUAAUGUCUCAGGUUGCGUGGCAGGUUUUCAUCAUUUUUAUCCCAGUUAUUGCAACCUGCAUCUGGUAUCAGCAAUAUUACAUACCUUCUGCACGAGAACUAUCAAGAUUAGUUGGAGUGUGCAAAGCUCCAGUGAUACAACAUUUUACUGAAACAAUUUCAGGCGCAACAACCAUCAGGAGCUUUGAUGAAGAAUCAAGAUUUAGGGACACAAAUAUGAAACUGGCAGAUGCAAAUUCUCGGCCAAGAUUCAAUAUUGCUGGUGCAAUGGAGUGGUUGUGCUUCCGCUUGGAUAUGUUAUCUUCCAUAACAUUUGCGUUCUCCUUGGUCUUUUUGAUCUCUAUACCAGAGGGAGUCAUUGAUCCAGGCAUCGCGGGCUUAUCUGUGACAUAUGGACUUACUCUAAACAUGUUGCAAAUGAGGGUAAUAUGGUUUCUUUGCCAAAUGGAGAACAAAAUUAUAUCAGUAGAAAGAAUGUUUCAAUACACUUGUAUCCUAAGUGAGCCAGCUCUCGUGAUAGAAGAAACUCAGCCAAAUCAUUCUUGGCCAUUGCAUGGAGAAGUUGAUUUUCAUGAUCUUCAAGUACGGUAUGCCCCACACAUGCCACUUGUAUUACGUGGCCUCACAUGUACUUUCCCUGGAGAAAUGAAAACUGGCAUUGUAGGGCGAACAGGUAGUGGUAAAUCAACUCUCAUACAAACACUUUUCCGGAUUGUUGAACCUGCUGCGGGUCAGAUAAUGAUAGAUGGCAUCAACAUCUCCGUGCUUGGACUACAUGAUUUGCGAUCUAGACUAAGCAUUAUCCCUCAGGAUCCAACUAUGUUUGAAGGGACUGUAAGAAGCAAUCUGGAUCCACUUGAAGAGUACACAGAUGAACAAAUUUGGGAGGCUCUGGAUAAGUGUCAACUUGGAGAUGAAGUUCGAAAGAAAGAAGGGAAACUGGAUUCCACAGUUAGCGAGAAUGGAGAAAAUUGGAGUGUGGGUCAAUGGCAGCUGGUCUGCCUUGGCCGUGUGCUGCUUAAGAAAAGUAAGGUAUUGGUGCUUGAUGAAGCUACUGCAUCCGUUGAUACUGCUACAGAUAAUUUGAUUCAGCGGACCCUCAAGCAACAUUUUUCCAACUGUACUGUCAUUACAAUUGCACAUCGGAAAACUUCUGUUCUUGAUAGUGACAUGGUUCUGUUACUAAAUAAUGGGCUUAUUGAGGAACAUGAUUCUCCAACAAGAUUGCUUGGAAACAAAUCAUCAUCUUUUGCACAACUUGUAGUAGAGUACACUGUGAGGGCAAAUUCAAGCUUUGGGAAGUAAAGUUGCUGAGAUUAUUUGUGCUCUAUUUGACUCUGGCAACUUUGUUGAGAAUGACUCAAAAUAAUUGGUUCUAUGGUCUUGUUUGAACUGUGAGAAGGAUAUUAGUGGGAUUUAGGUGACCUAGCUAGUUAGUGGUUACUUUAGUACAUUACAGAUAGAAGAUUUUAUAAUAAUGUUCAUUGACAAGAGUAACUAAGUUGUAACUUUUAUGCUUGAAAUGAGUUUUUGGCAUAUUCUACCAACAAAGAUUUGUCCAGCUCGUUUAAGUUUAAGAGAAUAUAUCUUUUAUUUCUAUUAUUUCCCUUA